AGCGAACCUUGUCGAAGUACACAGCAGAGAUCUGUUGAAAAUUGUUUAUGGCUACAAAUUCUGAAAUUUACGGAUUACCCGAAAUCCCAUCAGACCAACCAGGGACAACACGUCUUCUUCGGAUCAAAAUCGUCGAGGGGGUAAAUCUCGCCAGGAAAGACAUUUUUGGGGCUAGUGACCCAUAUGUCCGAAUAUCCCUGUACCGUGGAGAUAGAGAUGAUGGCUUGAUAGAUAUUAAACAGACAAAAACAAUUAAAAAAAGCUUGAAUCCAAAAUGGAGAGAAGAAUUUAUAUUCCGGGUAAAUCCUUUAGAUAAUAAAGUAAUAUUUGAAGUCUUUGAUUCCAAUAGAGUGACGAGAGAUGACUUCCUGGGUUUGGUGGAGAUUGAUCUCCGACACACAUACAUCCUCACAGAAUUGGCCGGACGAGACAUAAGCACAAAAAGUUUUGUUUUACGACCAAGAAGUACUAGAUCAAGAGUUCGUGGACAUCUAACGUUAUAUCUGGGUUAUUUACCGUCACCAGAUCAGUCGACGGGAGGUGAUGAGGAGGCGUCAGGACAAACAUCAAACGAGGGUGUUUCAAAUUCACAGCCUGGAUGGGAAAUGGUUGAUAUUGAUAAUGCCUUGAAUGAAACCGGUGCCUCAGGUCCUACACAGUCAUUGACAAGAACCUCAUCAGAAAGGGGAGAGCAGCCGCUUCCUCCAGGAUGGGAGCAACGAGAAGAUGCCCAGGGUCGUAUAUAUUACGUCAAUCACACCAACAGACAGACGCAGUGGGAGCGACCGAGAGUUGAUAGUCGUUUACCGGAAGGAUGGGAGGAGAGGGUAGAUGGGAAUGAAAGAGUUUAUUAUGUUAAUCAUUUAACAAGAAGAUCACAGUGGACUCGACCUACGGUAGCACAGCAAGUAUCAGAUCAAGAACUACAACAACAACGUAGUCUGGAGUUAGCGGAGAUGUACGCACAUCGCCGUCACAUUAGUCAAGAAGAUACGCUCAGUAUACAUUCAGCAAGUGAACAGGAUUUAUCAGCUACACCAACUAGACCAACCAGAAGCAGCGUAUCUUCAUCUAUUCCAGAGGCUGAUGAAGAUGAAGAACCUUUACCUGCAGGUUGGGCUAUGGGACGAGCACCUAAUGGCCGCCUAUUUUUCAUUGACCAUAAUGUUGGUAGAACUACAUGGGAUGAUCCAAGACGUAGCCAUCGUUCCUCACUUCACGGUCUUAAUCCAUCGUCACCAUCACCCAUGUUUAGACCAUCAUCUAACGAAGAUCUCCUCAGAAACCUUGGUCCAUUACCGCCUGGUUGGGAAGAAAGAGUUCAUGCUGAUGAAAGAGUAUUUUAUAUAGAUCACAAUACACACCAGACACAAUGGGAAGAUCCUAGAUUAAAGAAAUUAGGGGGACCGGCUGUACCGUAUUCACGAGACUACAAACAGAAAUAUGAUUAUUUUAGAUCUAAACUAAGGAAACCAGCAAGUGCACCGAACAAAAUAGAUAUCAAAGUAACGAGGAAGAAUGUAUUUGAAGAAUCUUAUAGAUAUGUAAUGAAUAUAAAGGAAACAGAACAUCUUAAAACAAGGUUAUGGAUAGAAUUUGAUGGUGAAACAGGUUUAGAUUACGGUGGUGUUUCUAGAGAAUGGUUUUAUCUUUUAUCUAAAGAAAUGUUUAAUCCUUAUUAUGGUUUAUUUGAAUAUUCAGCCACAGAUAACUACACACUUCAGAUUAAUCCGUUAUCAUGGAUGGCCAAUGAAGAUCAUCUAUCAUUCUUUGAGUUUAUAGGAAGAAUAGCUGGUAUGGCUAUAUAUCACGGAAAAUUAUUAGAUGGUUUUUUCAUUCGUCCGUUCUAUAAAAUGAUGUUACGGAAACCAAUCACAUUGAAAGACAUGGAGUCAGUGGAUUCUGAAUAUUAUAAUUCUCUGAUCUGGAUAAAAGAAAAUGAUCCUGCUGAUUUAGAAUUAAAUUUCUCAGUAGAAGAAGACCAGUUUGGCGAGAUUCAAGAAUUUGAACUGAAACCAAAUGGAGCUAAUAUACCAGUGACAAAUGAUAAUAAAUUAGAAUAUAUUGAGUUAGUGAUAAAAUAUCGUUUUGUAUCUCGAGUGGAAUCACAGAUGAAGUCAUUAAUGAAGGGUUUUAACACGAUAUUAACUCAGAAUCUUAUACAAAUAUUUGAUGAAAAUGAAUUAGAGUUAUUGAUGUGUGGUUUACAAGAUAUAGAUGUCAAUGAUUGGAAGUCACAUACAGCAUAUAAAGGAGAAUAUAACCCUAAUCACCCUACUAUUAUCUGUUUCUGGAAGGUUGUUUAUUCAUUCCCCAAUGAAAUGAGGGCCCGUCUUCUACAAUUUGUAACGGGAACAUCCAGAGUUCCCAUGAACGGUUUCGCAGAACUCUACGGCAGUAAUGGUCCGCAACUUUUUACGAUAGAAAAAUGGGGAAAGAUAACGCAAUUACCCAGAGCUCAUACAUGUUUCAACAGAUUAGACUUGCCACCAUAUGAGGACUAUCAUGAAUUACGGACUAAAUUAGUGACGGCUCUCGAGAACACACAGGGUUUUUACGACGUGGAUUAAAACAUCCAAUGGAUUGAAGACCACCAGUGUCAGUUAUAUGGUCAGCUACUAUAUACAAACAGAGACAAUAUGGCAAUUAUCUCGGUCAACCCGUGUAUAUUACGAUCAUAU